AUGACAUUGUGUACAUAUGAGAUCAAUGAAGCAGCAAACCUCUCUCCAGGGGAAUUUACAAUGGCAAUUUCGGCUGUAAGAGAUAAAAAAAUGGAAAAAAGGAAAGAAAAGAAAAAUUCAAAGGAAUACAAAGUCAACCGUUUACAAAAGAAAAGGAACCGUAAUACAAAUGAACGUAAACAUCUUGUAAGAGAGGGUAAAACCUAUGGAUCUCAAAUGGAGUAUGUUGUUCCAAGAGUGGACAUACAGAUUGAGGCCAGUAAGAUAAUUGGUAUUACUUACAGCCACGGAACGAAUAAAAUGUACGUUCGAGGCCAAAUAGUUGAACCGGUGUCAAUUCAUAAAGCUCUACUGGAUUUCAAACAAUUUUUAAAGGAACAGAAUCAGCCAAUAAUAUUAGGUCAUAACAUUUGUAACUUUGACAUUCCUGUAAUUGUUAACAAAUUGAAAGACUAUAAUUUGUUUUCGACAUUUGCUGAAACAGUGAAAGGUUUUAUUGACACAAUGAAAGUGGCUAGAAAGUAUAUUCCCAAACAUGAUGUAGAAAAUUAUAAGCAGCAGACUCUUGUCCAACAGUUUGUAGGAGAAAAUUACCUCGCCCACAAUGCAAUAGAGGAUAUGGAUUCAUUAAAAACAUUAUAUGACAGUAAAAAAAGGCAACAGUAG